CUACUUAACAAACCAUACAAAAUGGCGCUAACGAGUGUAGAUAGUACUGAUGCUUAUACGGCCUCUAUAGAUUUGUCCAACUCUUGCCGGGAGUUUUACUUCAGAAGACAGAGCUCAACUGAAGACUUCAGGGAAAAGGUCCGCAGUGAUAGUGACUUGACAAAGCCUAAAUCAUUUAUGGAUGAAGCUAUGGCGACGCUACGAAAAGAAAUGGCGAACCUGAUGGAUCAAGACCUAGGUCUGAUGAAACAGCUUUUGACCAUGAACGACACCAUUGAAGAGAUCAAAUUCCAGCGUUUCCACGGUGGCAGCAAAAACCUGUCCACAAGUUCUUGUGACGUCACUGAAUCUGACUACGACCUCCGGUCAUUGCCAUCCGUGUCAUCUCUACCGUCAAUGGCUUCAAUACCAUCUAUCUCCUCUCUGGUGUCAAUGUCGUCGUUGCCUUCCGUUUUCGAUGAAAAUGACAACCAGUGCAUCGCUGAAGAGGAACUGGAUGAUGAAUGCAUGUGUUCCGAACUCACAGAAGAAACCGUUACUACGAACAUUGUAUCCGGCAGCUGGAAAUCCUUCAGUUCCAGACGAGAUACACAUGGAUCUAUUGACUCUGGUUUCGGUGAUUCUCAAAGUUCGGACGAUAGCCUAGACAGUGACUCAGAUUGCUAGUAUUGCUUAAACUCUCGACUCAGUACAUAUUUGUACGUUGCUUAACAAGGAGAUUAUUAAACUUUCUCUGCAAACUUUUGAACUACGACCUUCCAGGUCUGCUAUGGAUUUACAUUGAAUGCAUUUCCAUUCUACGGACAUUCAUGACUCAACCAUUGUCAUUGACAAAGAACGUUUACAAUGCUAUGUGACCGUAUUUAUUUAUAUAUGGGUCAUUCUCUCGCUGUGAUAUGUAAUGUGAUUUUACCUAUUAUUAAUUCGAGUAGUCAAACUACAUUGUUUGUAAAUUAACUAUCUAAUGUAUAGUUUCUGUUAUCCGAUCAUUCUUUAGCGGGACUGAAGUGUGUUUGGUAUUGAUGUAUAUGACUAUACUUAUUUCUACCUCAGCUGUUCAUCAUUUGUGACCGGUCAUCUUUGUUUUGUCCUAAUUAUACUCACGCGCAUUUGUUGUAGCAAACUGCCAAUCAAUGUUCUUCAUAAACAAAAACCAAAUAAAACGGCCAGUACAAUAUA